CGCAUACUGACGUACUGCACUAUUCCUCAGGGUAACAUUUCAAGCUAGCUCACCAACAACCAAAAUCCAACCUACACCUCAAGCUCUUUUCAGUCGCUACUUCAUUCAAAACCCCCCCUGACGUGCUUGGACGCUCUGGUAUUGUCGCGAUGGACGUCUCAUUUCCUACGGACCCUCGUGAAUUCGACAGCGAUGAUCGCAUAUCAUUUUCCAAACUUGACCAGAAGUUCAUUGCAGUUCACGAUGACGGCAACGAGUACGAGUUCGACGCCGAUUCCAAGCGAUGGGUGCUUGCAGAUGAGAAUGCACUAGAACCACCAGCGGCUGGCGCACUCAAUGACUUUGCAGAAUCUGUAUCGCAUGAUACUGUAGAUGGCGGAGCAAAAAAACGCAAGAAUGAAUCGAGUCAUGGUUCUGAAACUCCCGAACCUAGUAAACCUUCACGACAAAACAAGAAGCAAAAGGCACCUCAACAGCCUAAACAGAAUACAGCCAUCUAUGUCACAGGUUUACCUGCUGAUGCAACAGUUGAGGAAGUCCACGACCUCUUCUCUCGAAAGGGCGGCGUUAUCGCAGAGGAAAUUGACAGCGGAGCACCACGAAUCAAACUAUACACCGACUCAGAGGGCAAAUUCAAGGGUGACGCGCUGAUUGUCUUCUUCAAGCCCCAGAGCGUGGAGAUGGCCAUUAUGCUUCUUGAUGAUACAGACUUCAGAAUCACUCCCAGUGGCACGCGUGAAGGACGAAUACGUGUUCAGGCCGCAGACUCGAGUUACAAGAAAGUUAAAUACGACCAGGAAGGUGGCGCAGGUGGCGAAGGGGGGAAUGUCACAGCUGAGCGUAAACCACAGAACAAGGAUCGCGACAGGCAAAAGAUCAUCAAGAAGACUCAGAAACUCGAUGCGAAGCUGGCAGACUGGGAUGACGACGUGCCCUACCCGGGCCAGCCGGAGACAGCGACCAAGUGGGACAAGCUUGUGAUUCUUCGGCAUAUGUUUACGCUGGAAGAGCUUGAGGAGGACCCUGCUGCCCUGCUGGAGAUCAAGGAGGACAUCCGAGAGGAAUGUGCCAAGCUGGGUACAGUGACAAAUGUUGUCCUGUUUGACCAAGAACCGGAAGGCAUAGUCUCAGUCAAGUUCAAAGAUGCGGAUUCAGCCCGUGCAUGUAUCAACCUCAUGCAUGGAAGGAGUUUUGAUGGUCGAACAGUGGAAGCUUUCCUAGCGACAGGGAAAGAGAAGUUCAAGCAAUCGAAGGACGAUACGAACCAGGGAGACUCAGAUUAGAAGGUCUACAUCCAAUGUUGACAUUGGAAGAAGAUUUUAUUGCAUUGUAAGAUACCCAUUAGCUCUGAUACUAGAAGCCACAUCCUAGGCAAUGAUUCAUUUUCACAAUAUGAGCAUUUCCCUAUUCGCAUCCAUAUGCCUAACUCAAUGUAGGUUUACAUGGAUUUUGGACAUAUCCCCAUUUCGAGUUCUUCGGCGACAGUGUACCAUAUAGCAGCUUCGAUAAUAUUGCAGAUGACCUGCAAUUCUUCGUCAUCUAAUGAAAGUCUCGUCAGCCCAUUGUUUAUGUUCGCAACUUCUUGCCAGUUGCCUAGAAGCAAGUCUCACCUCGUGGUGCAUAGAUCAUGACAAAGUCUGGGGAGACGGGGCUCUUGAGGAACCGACUUCUCCAAGCGAGUGGAUGCCUCUGACCCCAGCCUUUUUCUAACACCUCCUUGAUAUCGUCCGGGUGUAAACACAUAUGCAUGGAGUGGUCCGAGUCGUGAACAUGACAGAUCUCGCCCUGGCAAUUCGUUUGUACUGGAUGCCUGGCAAACAGUGCCAACCCAUGCUUCUCUAUGCACGACUUCUCAGUGCCAAACUUUUUAGGGCUCCUAUUCGCUAACUUGGCCAUGGACCAACGGAGAGCUCGGUAGCAUACUCGAGAUCCGUGCUGAUCAAGUUGUCUUUGGGGUGCUAUGCCAGCAACAACAGGUCGAGGACCUGCGCGGUAUGGGAGACGCUGGCGUCGGAGGAUACCUGAUGUUGGGAGACGCAUAAGGUCAGGCUCUGGGGCCGCAAACGGGUCGCUGAGAGCCCAAAGACGGAACCAUGAUAUACGCAGGUAGCCGCUGAAAGUGGAGGGCGUGCCACCAGGGCCAAGGUUGAGGAAGUUCUGGUAGUCGUUGUGGACGAGCAGCACUAUUGGGAAUGAAGCAAUGACUACCUCGGCGUGACAUGAAUCAAGGAAGUGAAUAAGCAGAACUAAGAUAAGGGACGACAAGAAGAUGGUUUUACCAUCAAGAGUUACGGAAACGGGCUGCUGUCGAAGCGCAUAGGAGAUCUUGAGAUGUUCCAAUUCAGCUUCGCCUUGGAGAUCGGGAGGGGGAGAAGACAAGGUCUCGGCUGAAGCGAUUGCAAUUGAUGACAUUUUAAGAUAAAAAGGCAGAGUAGUCUCUUUCUUUGAAGAUGAAGAGUGCCUGUUUGGGACAAAUUGGCGACCACAAUGCCACUAUGUGGUUGGAGAGCGGGGUGUUGGAGAGCCGUGUAAGUGUGAUGUGAUAUUGAAGUGAGCUGUGUUUCAACUUAUAGAACGAUUUGCAACGGUCGACCUCUUCCAAAUAAAAUCGGAGAGUGAACCACUGCAG